AUGUAUUACCCAUCGUAUAAUAUUUCAGCCCCUCCCGGCUAUGGUGAAGAUUAUGGUACACUAAGUCGUAUGUAUGCAUCAUAUGGUUUAAAUGAUGAUGAUUAUCAUUCUCGACGACGAUCACCUUCGAUAGAUACAGAAUUUCGAGAACAACGUUGGCGUGAUCCUGAUUUACAAGAAGUUAUUGAAUAUCUUACUCAUACAAGUGAUGUUAUUAAAGAGAAUGCAGCUGCUUAUUUACAACAUUUAUGUUUUAAUGAUGAUAAUAUUAAAUCUAAAACAAGAUCAUUAAAUGGUAUUGCUUAUUUAGUUGCUUUACUUCAACAUGAAAAACCUGAAAUACAAAAAAAUGCUUGUGGAGCUUUAAGAAAUUUAUGUUAUGGAAAACGAAAUGAUGAAAAUAAGAUUGAACUUAAAAAUCGUGGUGGUAUACCAGCAUUAAUUCAUCUUUUACGUCGAACACCCUAUGAAGAUGUUCGAGAAUCAGUUACAGCUGUUCUUUGGAAUGCAUCAUCAUCACCACAAUUAAAAGGACAAAUACUUGAUGAAGGUUUACAUGUACUUGUUAAAAAUAUAAUUAUACCAUUUUCGGGUUGGGAUGCUGAUGUUAAUCGACGUUUAAAUCCACAAGGAAAAUUUCCAGCUGUAUUUAAAAAUGCUACAGGAAUACUUCGUAAUUGUUCAUCAGCUGAUUAUGAUGGUCGACGUAAAAUGCGUGAUUGUGAUGGUUUUAUUCCAUCACUUCUUCAUGCUGUAAAUUCUUCACUUCAAUCAUUAAAUGAAAUUGAUAAUAAAUCAAUAGAAAAUUGUAUGUGUAUAUUACGUAAUUUAUCAUAUAAAUUACAAGAAGUUGUUGAUCGUGAUUAUGAUCGAAAUUAUCCAGCUAUGGCAGCUGCAUCAACAUGGAGUAUGACACCAUCACAAUAUACAAAUGAACAAGAAAAAAGUAAAAUUGGUUGUAUGGGUUCAAAACAAAAAAAAACAAAACAAUUAUAUGAUCAAACAGGAUUAAAUACAAAUACAAUUCAUGCUAUUAUGCCACCACGUGAAGGUCGACCUGUUGAAAUGCUUUGGCAAACAGAUGUUAUUAGUACUUAUGUACAUCUUUUACGACAUAGUAGUAAUCCUGAUACACUUGAAGCAACAGCUGGAUGUAUUCAAAAUUUAACUGCUUGCUAUUGGAAACCAUCAAUGGAUAUACGUGCUGAAGUUCGAAAAGCUCGUGGUCUAUCAGAAUUAGUUGAUUUAUUACGUGUUGAUGAAAGUGAUGCUGUUGUUAAUGCAUCAGCAAUAGCUUUAAGAAAUUUAGCAAUUGAUCCUAAAAAUCGUGAUGUACUUGGUGGUUGGGCUAUAAAAGAACUUGUUGCUGUUUUACCUGAUCCAUCUGAACAAGCAACAAGUCGACGUCGUCAUACAGAUGAAACACUUACAUCAGUACUUGCUGCACUUAAUGAAAUUAUUCGUACAAAUGAUACAAAUGCAAAAAUUUUAUUUCAAGAAGGUGGUGUAACAAAAAUGACCGGUAUAAUGAAUGCAAAAGGACAUAUAUAUAAUGUUAAAGUUAUUAAAUAUACAGCACAUGUACUUAAUACAAUGUAUAAACAUCGUUCAUUACAUGAAUUAUAUAAACAACAUGGUUAUAAAGAAAGUGAUUUUAUACAUCAUAGAUUAUUAAAUUCAAAAUCAUUAACAUCAAGUCCACAAUCAACAUUACAUAGACCGAGAGGUGAUAUGGGACAACCAACACAUUUUACAUCUAAAGGAAAACAAAUAACUCGUCCACAAAGAGGAGAAGAAUAUCGCAUGCAAAAAUUAAAUCAAAGUAUGGAUAAUCUACAAAGAACAUAUGGAAAUGGAACAAUGUCAUCUUAUGGUGAUCCUCAUGCCGAUCUCUAUGCUACUGUACAUAAAAAUCGACCACAACAAGUUCAACCGGCUACAUGGGAUCAACUUGGACAAGUAUCCACAUCACCUGAUUCUUGGGUAUAA